UGUGCGAGACUAUUAUCAUACCCAACUUCCUGUUCGAUUUUACAUACGAGAAAGUUCUGAAGUUAUUUCUCAGUUGAUCAUGGUUUUAUUAACGUGUUACAACAAGGGUUGUGGACAGAAAUUCGAUCCUGCGACCAACAGUGAUGAAGCUUGUGUCCACCACCCAGGGGUGCCAGUGUUCCAUGAUGCCCUCAAAGGCUGGUCUUGCUGCAGGAAAAGAAGUACAGACUUUACAGAGUUUCUCAACAUCCCAGGGUGUUCAAAAGGUCCACACAGUAAUGAAAAACCCCCUGAGCCAGAAAAGAACACAGAAGAAGAUCCAGCAUAUAAAGAGGAGGUCAUAGUUGUGCAACCUCCAAAAAUAGCUGCUCCUUUAGAACGUCCACCUGCUGAUGAGCUGAUGGUCAAUCUACCAGUCAUGGUGUCACCCAGUCUCAAGCAAGCUUUAGAGAAAAAAUUACAAGAAUUAUCACUGAAAUCAGAAAUAGUAGAAAAUGAUUCAGCAGAGACACAAGGAGUGCCAGUAGGAACAUGUUGCAAAAAUAAUGCCUGUAAAAAGAGAUAUGAAGAUGAGAGCAGCAACUCAGAUACAUGUGUUUAUCAUACUGGUGUCCCUAUAUUUCAUGAAGGGUUAAAAUAUUGGUCUUGCUGCAGAAGAAAAACAACAGAGUUUGACAACUUUUUAGAACAAGAAGGGUGUGCACGGGGAAGUCAUAAUUGGUUUAAAAAGGAGGAUUCUGCACAGAAGGUGGUGUGUCGGUAUGACUGGCAUCAGACACCAUCAGCUGUCUCAGUAGCAGUCUACUCCAAGGUUCCAGUCCCAGAAAAGUCAUUUGUACAAGCCAAUGCUGUCAAGCUGAAUAUUCAUAUAGAAUUUGAGGGAGGAGAGAAGAUUUAUGAUAAUGAUUUUAUAUUACACGGGGUUAUAGAUCCUCAAAAGAGUAAUGUUAAAAUGAUGGGAACAAAAGUAGAGAUAAACUUGAAGAAAGCUGAGCCUGGCAGUUGGGCCAAAUUAGAACUUCCUCCAGAACUUGUUCAAAGUAAUGAGCUAGAGGUGGUCACAGAUGAUAUGAAAGUGGUGCAGGAUGAAUAAACAAAUUAUGAGCACUGCUCCUGGAAAACUUGGAAGAAAUCUUUGAAAGGCUGUGUCCCCCAAUAAAAAAUCUUUUUAGCCAAAGCCCUUUAUCCUAAACAUUUUUGUAUGUUAUAUUAUCAUAAAUGUGUAAUUUAAAAUAUUCCUUGUUUGUAGAAAGAUGUGUGAGCAUAUAUAUAUUUUUUGUGAUGUGGUAGUCUUCUGUUUUCAAACCCUCGAAAAUACUUAUUCUCUUUUUUAUAACUAUUUUAAUUUUAGCUGUGCUUAGGAGUGUCAAGUCAAACAUCUGUGUCAUAAUUUUUCUACUUAAAAUAAAACUGCAGUGAAAUCGGGGGAGAAGAGAAGACUGGUGCUGUUAGUAAAAUGAAGUCUUAUAUAGAAACAAAGUAAAUGAUACAUUCUGCUUAUUUCGUAAGGUAGAUAUUUUGUCCUGAAACCCAUGAUUGCCCAUUUUCCUGCAAAGUAUUACCUAAGUCAUUGGCUCGUUUCAUGUUUACAUGGAGUGUCUAAAUCUAUGUGAAAUGUAGUAGUUAUCAGGAGGGUCAUUGCUGAUGAGUUGUCAGUGGACAAGCAUCGAAAAACCCUGAUGUUAUCGACAGUGUAGAAGCAGUACUCAAAAAUAUUCCAUGAAGAAAUGGUGGACCCUACUUCUUUGCAUGGCUUAAUUGAAGUGUAUGGUCACAGACAUUGAUUGUAUAUUUUUGUCAGAGCUAUUUCUAACUUUUAAUCCGGAAUUAUUUUUUGGGCUGAAAGUGAGUAACUUGUCUUUGAAAAGUGCAAUUUAAAAAAAUGUUAAGGACAAAAAACUACAGAAUGCCACCUUUGUAAAGUUUGAAAUCAAAUGUCAAGUUUUUGUUUAAACAUUUCAAAUAAGCUAUUGCAUCGUUAUUAUUUAUGACAAGUGGAACAAAUAAAAAUCUCAUAGUGUUUUAA